UUUUGGUGGGUCCCAAUUUAAAACCAUUUUCUUAUUUUUCUCAAACAUAAAUUUCCUGUCGGCCAACCAAAACGACAUGGUUUCACGUUAAAUUUCUACGAAACGACGUCGUUUUUUUGUAUUUAUUGUUCAAUUGAAAAUUCAACUCCUCCAUAACCAUCCUUGAUUCAAGCUAACUAUCACACACUCUCUCUCUCUUCUCAUCACCGACGUGAGAUGUUGGCAGCCAUUUUCAAAUUCUAAGGUUUUUCCCAAUUUUCUCUCUCCUCUUUUUUAUUUUUUCAAUUUAUAUGAAUGAGAAUUUCUGUUUUUGUUAGUCAGAUUUGAUUGUGAUUUCUUGCAAUUAAGAUCUACCCAUUAAUCCAAAUGCUGUAAUUUGUCAAUUAGAGCAAGAAAUUUCAUCUGGGUGUAUCAAAUUUUGUAGAAAUUUGUCAUCUUUUGACCCAAAUUAAGGUGAAAUUUUGUAACCAUGAUUCCUGUUAAAUUGGAGGUUACAAAACAACAUUAUGCAACUAGUAGUCUUGUAAUUGGGUAUGCUCUUUGUUCAAGUUUAUUAGCUGUGAUCAACAAAUAUGCAAUUACUCAGUUUAAUUAUCCUGGAUUGUUGACUGCUUUGCAGUAUUUAACCUCUGCUUUAGGGGUUUGGAUUUUGGGGAAACUAGGGUUUUUGCAUCAUGAUCCUUUUACUGUUGACAUUGCUAAGAAAUUUUUGCCUGCUGCAUUUGUGUUCUUCCUUGCUAUAUUUACAAAUACGAACCUCCUACGACACGCCAAUGUCGAUACAUUUAUCGUGUUUCGAUCGUGUACUCCCCUGUUGGUUGCCCUUGCUGAUACUACCUUUAGGAAACAGCCCUUGCCAUCUAAGCUGACAUUUGUGUCAUUGCUGGUGAUUUUGGGUGGUGCUGUUGGUUAUGUUGCCACUGAUUCGGGGUUUACGUUGACUGCUUAUUCGUGGGCAGUUGCGUAUUUGGUGACCAUUACUACUGAAAUGGUUUAUAUCAAGCAUAUGGUGACUAAUCUUGGAUUGAACACUUGGGGUUUUGUGUUUUACAACAAUGUGUUGUCGUUGAUGAUGGCGCCCGUGUUUUGGAUCAUCACAGGGGAGUAUACUGAGGUUUUUGAUGCCUUGUCGUCGAGUGCUGGGGAUUGGUUUAAUACUACAGCAUUCUUUGCUGUUGCACUGUCUUGUGUGUUUGGGUUGUUGAUUAGCUUCUUUGGGUUUGCUGCUAGGAAGGCAAUUUCUGCUACUGCUUUCACUGUUACAGGGGUGGUGAAUAAGUUUCUCACUGUUUCGAUUAAUGUGAUGAUCUGGGAUAAACAUGCUAGCCCUUUCGGGCUUGUUUGCUUGCUCUUUACACUUACUGGUGGCGUGCUCUAUCAACAAUCGGUCACUGGUGCUCCAUCACCGCGUGAAUCUGCCCUAUCUAAGCAAAGUGAUAAUGAGGGUGAUGCUGAGAAAUUUAUAAAGGAUGAAGAGAAAGGCCUUUCAGGCAAGAUCUGAAGUGAAUAUGUACUUCUGCUGUUUUAUCAUUGAAGAAGAUGGCCUACUCCGGCAUUAUUCUUGGAGUUCAUAUCUCUACCAUCACUGAUUCAGGAGCAUUUUUUUUAUUAUAUGGACUAGAUUCAAAGAUGUUAUAUCAUAUUAAUGAAUUCCUUUGGUAGUUUUCUUUUAACUUGUGCUCAAUUAGUAUGUGGUAUUGCUAUUUUUGAGUAGUGUAGUACUAGACAUAAUCUUGGCAGUAAGCAUAUAUUGUUGUCAUAGUUAGAGAACUUUGGUUACCACUCUUUGAUCUUCAGAGUGCCAAAGUAACUAUAAUUGUAUCAACCAUCAUGAAUCUAAUGAUAAGGUGAAAUUUUUCUUGCCAA